ACAGUGGGCGUAUUUCGGAUCAAACCCAACUGCAACUUUUCUUUCUUCUUCUUCUAAAAUCACUUCACCUCGAAAUAUUCCAUUGAUUUUCCACUCAACUUCGGCUCUGGCCUCCUUCCUUCCUUCCCGUUAGGCGAUUCUGCGUUCUUCAGCGGCCACAGUUGCUAUAGCUCUGAAGAUCUUGGUGGCCUGGAAUAUAAGUCAAUCUCAAUGGGGAGCAAAAACAAUAAACCACUGCCUCCUUUCAUGCGACACCCUCCUCUACGACCAAACACAGUGCACCCUGAUCCAUAUGGUCCUUCAAUUCGACCCCCACUUGGUGGCUUCCCUCCUUUUGAGAUGCUUCAUCGUCCAGAAAUAUUGGAGCAGAAGAUUACCACACAACAUGCCGAGAUGCAAAAACUUGUUACAGAAAACCUUAGGCUUGCUGCUACACACGAAACCUUGCGGCAAGAGCUUGCUGCUGCAAAACAUGAGCUGCAACUAUUGCACACUCACAUAGGGGCUAUGAAAGCAGAGAAGGAAAACCAGACAAUGGGGCUCAAGGAUAAAAUAGCCAGGAUAGAGGCCGAACUCAAAGCAGCUGAUCCUCUCAAAGUGGAAUUGCAAAAGGCACGAGCUGAAGCUCAGAGUCUUGUUGCUGAAAGGCAAGAGCUUAUUUUGAAAGCACAGAAGAUGAAUCAAGAUCUUCAGAGGACUCAUGCUAGCACACAACAGAUUCCUAUUCUACUAUCUGAGCUUGAAGCAUUAAGACAGGAGCUGCAGCAUUGCAGAGCUACUUAUGAGUAUGACAGGAAAUAUUACCACGAUCACCUUGAGUCCCUUAAGGUGAUGGAAAAGGAAUACACGGCCAUGGCAAAUGAAGUGGAAAAGCUUCGGACAGAAUUAAACAACACUACUAAUUUAGAAAGAACUGGUGUGGCGUAUGGUAACUCUACGGUUCAUAAUGAAAGUGAUGCUACAAACAAUUAUGCUGUUACACAAAAUGUAUAUGGAGAUGCUUAUGGCAUUGCUCAGGGACGAGGCCCACCUCCCACCAUGGGAAAUGCCAGUGGAGUCGCGGCUCCUGCUAGCAAUUCUCCAAACUUUGGAGCCCGUGCUGGGCCACCUAAUUCUUCAAAACAAGCUCACGACCCAUCAAAAAUGCCCAACUACGACCCGCAAAGAGGAAGGCCUGGGCCCGGGUACGAUCUACAGAGGGGGGCUACUGGAGCUACAUAUGAUGCACAGAGAGGUGGGCCAGGGUAUCCUGGAUAUGAUGCGUAUAGGUCACUCGGUUCGGGCUCGGGCUAUGAAUAUUCGGGUGGAACCAAUUAUGAAGCCGCUGGCCAUGAGGCAAUUGCCGGGGUUGGGACUCAAGGGCAAAUUGGGCAUUCAAGAAAUAUGGUGUACGGGUCAGCAGCACCACCGUCUGGCAAUACUGCAACAGGGUACGAUGGAGCACUGCGAGGGGCGCAUAGAUGAGCGAAUCGCCUGAAACAUCAACAGUUCUGCCUUUGGAACAGCUUUUUAAUCAACUUCUCAAGCCUCAUUUGUACUCUUCCAAUAUGGUUUUCAGUUUAAUGAGUAACACUAGAGCUUUUUGAGCCAUUGUUUUAUAUGUUCUCUCAUAACUCUUUUUAAGUGGGAAAACAACUGAAGCCUGUUGAUAGAGCUAUGUAGGAGUAUCAUUUGCCUGUGUUGUGAACACAUUGCUGUCAUCAUGUAAGCUCUGCUAGUCUGCUAUUGUUAAUGUUCUCACUAGAGAAACCCUAUUACUCAAAGAAGGAAAAAGUAGAGGCUUGGCUCAGUAACUA